AAAAAAUUGUGUUGUCAAAAAAGGUGCAAGACAAAUACAAUGCUUUCAUGGCAUAUAAAAUAUAUAGCGUAUAGAAAGAAAUUAGAAAUACAUUUAGAUUCAAAAGGUGUUCCAUGAUGCCUCGAAAUACAUUAUUUUUGAUAAUAUUUAUAUCUUUAUGUGUUUUCAUUUCUCUUUUUUCAGUAUAUCAAUUCAAUUUAAUUGAUAAAGUAUCAGUAAAAGGUUCUAAGAGAAUGAUAAAAAAUAAUUUAUUAACUUUGAAAUCAAAUAUGGGUUUAAAACCAAAGGACGACUCAAGACCAACAACAUGCGAAGAACUCACUAGAAAGCUGCCCAAGACUGUUCAAAAACAAAACCACUUGCAACCAGUAGAGUUCUUCAAUUUAUCAUAUAACAAUGAUGCCUACUUAGAUGAGAUCAGAUAUAUUCACUCUCCAAAGGAUUUAUGUAAAAGGAAAUCAGAGGAAGAGAAACUAAUUCUAGUUCUCAUUAUUUCAGAUACUUUAGACAGUGGUUAUAUCUUCAGGAGGGCUAUAAGAGCCUCAUGGGCAAAUAUAACAGAACACAAUGGCUGGUCUAUAAGAACUGCCUUCAUACUUGGAAAAUCACUAAAUGCUGACAGAAUGACAAACAUUUCACACGAAAGUCAACAAUAUAGAGAUAUAAUUCAAGGAAGUUUUGGAGAUGGCUACUACAAUUUUACUGAUAAAACAAUGACAGGGUAUCGAUGGGCCCAACAAUUUUGUCAACAUGCUUCGCUCAUCAUGCGAGUCACCCAGGAUGUAGUGGUGAAUAUCCCUCAAUUACAAAUUUGGGGAGAGUUGUUUCAUAAAGAGAACAAAACUAGAAUUUAUUUAGGUCAAAUCUAUAGUAAUGUCAGGCAUCAUAGAGGAGGAAAAUACAUGUUUAAGUGCCCCAUAAAAUGGCCCAAUCAAAUAUAUCCACCAUAUGCGGCAGGUGCAGGAUAUGCUGUCUCAAUGGACUUAGCUAUAGACCUGAAUGCUAUGUUCUGUAGGACUCCAUUUGUUUUCCCAGAUGAUAACUAUAUUGGGGAAAUGGUUGCUGCUUUAGAUAUACAGCCAUACCCUUCGAUCAAUUUCCAA